AGCAACAACAACGCGUCGCGAUAACAACACAUUCAGCCCCUCUUGAGAUCAAAAGAACAGUAAAAAAAAAAAUUAAAAAAUAAAAAAAAGGAAAAGGAAAAGGAAAAGGAAAGGAAGAAGAAACCAGCCAUCAAGCAUGAGCAACUACAACAAGAAUAAGGACGGCGGCAUCGGCCAAGAUGCAGCAAAGUACGACCCCGGCCUCCAGCGCGCCUACAACUCACGCGAGGACUCCAGCAUGCGUUCGGACCUGCCAGAAUUCAUCGACCGUCGUUCAUCCCCCAUGCGUGUCUCUGCACUCCGCCCAGAGAACCAGGAAUUCAAGGUCGCGGGUGAGGACUAUGGUGGGGCCAUGCGUCAAAAAGCCCAACCUUCAUUGCCCCAGGACAGGUUCGCAGACAAGGCUGAUGAGCCCGUUAAUCAUUUGAGCAAGGGUCUCGAGCACAACGUCAAAGUCGGGCUCGACCGACCCUCGCAGACUGUCUUUAACUCCAUCGGCGAUGAUCGCAACCUCUCCUCCACCGAGAUCGAUUUCGAUCGCGCCGGCGCAAAGGAGUCCACGGACAGGCAGCAGCCCAGGGAGUUUGAGCACCGCGAGGAGGAUUUCCAGCCGCUGAAUGCUCAAAGCAACACCGGGCAAAGACGGACUUUCCCACCCACUGCCUCUGAUGAUGAUGCUGGUUUGGCCGCGAUCGACAGCGGAGACAGGAAAGACCUCCCAUCCCGCGCCAAGCAGAGCCAGGCCUACACAGACGACUACGCUGAUGCCCCCACCGAGAGAUCUGGGAGUGUCUCGCCCGAUCCAGCCUCUACCUUCUACGGACUGGCGCCAUCACUCUUCAGGCCGCAGAAUCACCAUUAUUCCUGGUCCUCAGCGCCUCAUCAUAGGGAAAGACCCGUGGACUCGAGCCAGAAGCGCGAGCGGAGCGCCAGUGCGGAGAUGAAUCUCGGCUCCCAGCUCCCAGGCACCGAGGAAACCGGCCCCAGACCGUCUGCAGGAUCGGCUCCAGCCAGUGCUUCUGCGCCCACCAGACACCAUGCGCCAUCUCAGAACCCAGCGAUGAACCCGAGCAUUCUAUCCCGGGAAGAUGAUGUCGCCUCGAGCAGUCGUGCUUCCCAACAGCACCAGUACCAGCCCACGAAGGACAGCUCCUACAGCAUGACUUCCCCUACAAAGCACUACCGCUAUGCAGACGAGACUCUUGCGGAACCGGGAAGCGCUGCAGCUACGGACGCAACCACCGCUGGCUCCACUAAACACUCGCUCGUCCCUAUCGAGGAGCUCGUUCCUGAGAAGAGGUCGUCCGGUUGGAAGCGAGACCAAGAGCCAUCAACGAGCGAUUACGAGACCCCCUCCCGCUCCUCCUUCGUUGCAAGGGAAGCGCACCAGGAAGAGUCUACGCCGGCUGCCCAUCGUCCAGUUGUCACGCACCCGUCGGCCAUGCCGCCAGCGAGCUCCACCGCGCCAGCUCAUCACCCGGCUCCGGAGUUCAAAUCCCUCCGUACGAAUCGCAUUGGUACCCCUCCGCAACAGGACUCGUCUGCCACCCGUCCAGAGUCUCUUUACAAGGCUCAUAACGCGCCCGUCUACCUCGUUCCGGCUUCGCCUUCCAGCAACGAGGGUAACCAGCAUACCGUCGAGAGUCGCCAGCGCGGCGAUACCGUCGAGUCCGAUUCUGGUCUAGCGUCAACUCACAAGACUCCUGAAUCGACGCACACGCACAGAGGCUUGGGCAGGAGCUACGACGAGCCCAUUCGCAAGCUACCUGUCCACCCUGAGCUUUCACACUCGCAGACAGGCGAUGACGGGCCAAGUGCAGCCUCGUUCCCGUCCUCUGUGCACUAUACUCCAGAGCCCUCCGAGACCCUCCCCCGCAUGCCUGGCCAGUUUCAUGAUUAUGCUCAGCCUCAGUCCGGGCCUGAAGGAUCCUCGGCCACCUCAUAUAUCCCUGCGCUCUCUUCUAAUGCGCCCACGAAGCGUGGUGGAUCUCCAAAGCGUAGUGGUCCCUCAUGGCGCUACUUGACUGGUCCCGGGCGCCAGGGGAAGCCGAGCAAGAGACAGCGCAAGGCAACCAAGAAGCAUGAUGCAGACAGUCGCCAGAGUGUUUUCGACAGCAUCAGCAGUGCUUUGGUCGGUCGCAAGAAGAACAGCGUCUCUACUCCAGAGAUGCAUCUGGACGAGGUCUUUAGUGAUCAGUCCGGUCUCUCUCGCCCCGAGGAUGAGGAUGAGGAAGACAGCCAUGGCGCCUCUACGGUGGUCCCAGCCGCCGCUGUAGCGGUUGCUACAGGACUUGGAGAAGGAAUCCGCUCGAUCUGGGAAUCCAUCCAUAUGCCGGUGAUCAAGACUCGACGCGCCUCGGAACCGUCCACCAUCAAAGACGACUCUGGCAAGUUGGGAUCGAUGUUCAGCCAUGCAGGCGACCUGGCUGGUCAGAAGAUGCAUGAACAUGCGCCUUCAAAAGCUGCGACGCUCAAGGCGCCCAAGAUCGACUUGACGCUCUUCCCAGAGGAACAGCCUGACUACCUUCAUGAGGAUCUUGACCAGCAUGAGAACCCUGCUCACCCCGAAAACGUCAUGGAUGUUGUCGAAAUCCCUUACCAAAACCUUGAACAGAGCUCCGCCACCGGUCUCUCUGGUCCCUCGGCUCAAGCACCUAGGGGUACCAAUGCUGCGACGCUCAAGGCUCCCAAGAUCGACUUGACACUCUUCCCAGAGGAGCAACCUGACUACCUUCAUGAGGAUCUUGACCAGCAUGAGAACCCUCCUCGACCUGAGAAUGUGAUGGAUAUCGUCGAAAUCCCUUACCAAAACCUUGGACAGAGAUCUGUCACCGGUCUCUCUGGUCCCUCGACUGCGACUCAAGCGCCCAGGGGCACCAAUGCUGCGACACUCAAGGCGCCCAAGAUUGACUUGACACUCUUCCCAGAGGAACAGCCUGACUACCUUCACGAGAACCGUAUCGAACAUGAGAACCCUCCCCGACCUCAAAAUGUCAUGGAUAUUGUCGAGAUCCCUUACCAAAACCUUGAGCAGCAGAGAUCUGCCACCGGUCUCUCUGGUCCCUCGACUGUGACUCAAGCGCCUAGGGGCACCAAUGCUGCGACACUCAAGGCGCCCAAGAUUGACUUGACACUCUUCCCAGAGGAGCAACCUGACUACCUUCAUGAGGAUCUUGACCAGCAUGAGAACCCUCCUCGACCUCAGGAUGUGAUGGAUAUCGUCGAGAUCCCCUAUCAAAAUCUUGAGCAGCAGAGAUCUGCCACCGGUCUCUCUGGUCCCUCGACUGUGACUCAAGCACCUAGGGGCACCAAUGCUGCGACACUCAAGGCGCCCAAGAUCGACUUGACACUCUUCCCAGAGGAGCAGCCCGACUAUCUCCAUGAGGAUCUUGACCAGCAUGAGAACCCUGCUCGCCCCGAAAACGUCAUGGAUAUCGUCGAGAUCCCCUAUCAACAGCUCGAACAGCAUCCUACCACGAAUCUUCCUGAGACCUCCGCCAGGACUCAAGCACCCAGAGGUGUUAUCGCGCCAACGGUCCUGGACCUUCACAACCACCAGCACGAGUCUCCGAUGAUGCAGAGUCGCGCUGAGCAUCUCUCCUCGUCCAUGCCAAACACCCUUCUUCAGAGGGGUCAUUCGACUGCAGCAGCGCUCAAGCGCCCAAAGAUCAACUUGUUCCUCUACCCCGAAGAGCAACCUGAUUACCCUCGUGGAGGAGACACUCACGACAGUCCCGACCGCCGAAUCCAACUGGAUAACUAUCCCGUCCGGAUCAAAGAGAUGUAUUAUGAGUCAGAGCACCCGUAUCCGCAUCACGAUCUGCACCCGACCAUCGUGGAAUCCGCGGCUGCAGCUGUGGGUCAUGGACUGGAGAGCAUCAGGUCGUUGCUGGAAGGCAUUCAUGUCCCCACGCAUGAGGGCGAAGAUACGACUGCGACGCCUGCUCCCACGAUGGAGAGCGAGCACGGGAAGAGGGGGAUGCCAACCAGGUCUGUGGAGAUUAGGUCAUUCAAUGUCCCGGUGACUUAUAGUGUAUCUACCCAUCCAUAUGGUAUGAGAGUGCCCACCACAACCGAGUCCCAUCCUCAGGACCGUAGCGUCCAUCCCGAGACAAUGAAGGCGCCGCACGCGUCCCCACCGGUGGUACCAGUUUACGUCGAUUCUGCCCAUCGAGUGUCUCCACCGCACCCCAUCGGUACCGGUAACUUGUUGCCGAUGGAGGAGAAGUUACUCGAGGCCAAGAAGUUCGUCCCUGGCGAGCACCACCGCCGCGGCAUGAUCAUCCAUAGCACUGCUGAGGAAGAUUUUAUGGAUGGAUCUCAUCACCCCGAUUCCUCGACGAUGCCCAACAGAGCCAGGUGUAAGAGCAACCCGUCCAUCAUCAUCGCCAGGAAAUCAGAGCCCCUCUCGGUCCUGCCCCAGACGGACAAUCCGUUCAAGGCCGUCACCAUCACCACCGCUCCUGGUCAUGCCUUGAGACAUAGUUCUGAUCUUUCCGCUCCCACUACCGGUAUCGAUACCACAUCUCCGUGGUCUGGAUCUCCUUACCAACCACAGCAGCAGCAGCCGCAGCAGCAGCCGAAGGAGCCCAAGAUCCCGAUCGCGCAGCCCCCAGCUUCGUGGGUGGCGAGCAGCUCUACCCCUGCAAAGGCCCCUAUCGGUCAGAUGCCGUCCAUGCAAACCACUAGUCCCUUCACUGGAGUUCCUGGUGUUAUGGCGGCCCCUUCUGCUCCCACGAUGUCAUUGCAUGACAGUUUCCCGGCGACAGAGCCGACGGCUGCCCAUGGCGUUGCAGCCCUGAUGGCUGCGCAGGCGAUGACCGAGAAGCCUGAAGAUGUGCUGAUCAUGGAGAGUGAGUCCCACCCCACGGUCGAGCCGCAUUCAAUUCACCCCUAUGAGCUCCCGGAGCAGCAACAGCAAGAUCAGCCCCCCCAACAGCAGCAACGUCAGCUUCCAGAGCAGCAACAGCAGCAGUAUGAACUCUCGCAGAAGCAACAGCAGCAGUAUGAACUCUCGCAGAAGCAACAGCAGCUGCAUCAGCUUCUGGGGCAGCAACAGCAUCAGCUUCCAGAGCAGCAACAGCAUCAGCUUCCGGAGCAACAACAGCAAGAUCAGCUCCCCCAACAGCAGCAACAUCAGCGUCCGGAACAGCAACAGCAGCAGUAUGAACUCUCGCAGAAGCAACAGCAGCUGCAUCAGCUUCUGGGGCAGCAACAGCAUCAGCUUCCAGAGCAGCAACAGCAUCAGCUUCCGGAGCAACAACAGCAAGAUCAGCUCCCCCAACAGCAGCAACAUCAGCGUCCGGAACAGCAACAGCAGCAGUAUGAACUCUCGCAGAAGCAACAGCAGCUGCAUCAGCUUCUGGGGCAGCAACAGCAUCAGCUUCCGGAGCAGCAGCAGUAUGAGCUCCCGCAACAGCAGCGACACGAUGCAAGCUCUGGGCACCAUCACGGUGUUGGUCACCAACAUCCCCACCACCAUGACGUAGAUGCUGCCACACAUCAAGAUAUCGAGCAUCAGCAUACGCUCCGCAACGUCGCUUUGCCGACCGCGACCGAGACAUUGGCUUCCGCCGCCUCGUUCGACCCGGUCGCGAACGCGAACGCAGACCGAACGUACCAUCAGGCCCCGGAACCAUUCCGAUCUGAAUUGGACAUGCGAGACCUGGACGCGCGCCGGGAGCAGGAGAGGGGACGUAGUACGAGUAUGCCCGAGAAUACCGGGGGGAUGGAACCGGUGAGGGCGCAGAGGAUGUCGCCCGCACAGGUCUAUGCGGCGGCGCAUCGUCCGCAGUGGACGGUGAUGGAGGAAGAUCCGAGCGAGAGCUAUGGUGACGAUGACGGCGGUAGGGCCGGUGAGUCGACGCUGGGUGGUGAUCUGAAGCAGCAUGGAAUGAAUGAGCGAACUACAGAGACCCAAGCGCCAGUGCAGCCGCCCCGUCCUGAGGCGACGACCUCGAGUCCUGCUACGAACGACACACCUCUUGCCACAGAAUCAAUUCCGCAUCAACAUUCGCUGCUCCACGACCAGAACUACUCUCAAGGUGUUGAACCUGCAGCCCCCGUCCACGAUGACCAGGAUUCGACACCCAUAGCUAGAGCAAACCCCUCAUUAAGUUUGCACCCGAGGAUCGAAGACUCUCUCGGCACCCAACCUUCGUCCUCAGCCCCCCUCACGAGGGAGCAGAAUGUACCUACAGGCUACGAAGGAUCGUUGCCGAAAGCGGAGGAUGAGGAACGCCUGAUGUGGUUCAAGCACGUGCGCACGGACGAAGAGCGGGAACGGGAGCGGGAGCGGGAACGUACCGGUGGGGCCGAGUCGGGGCAGGACCAGGACCAGGAUCAGGACCAGGAGCGGGAGCCGUUGUAUGAACAGAUGACGCCGACGACGUCGGACAGUGAGAGGAGGGAGAGGGAUGGGUCGGUGUGGCGUCGGUUCACGGCCCGACUCGGACAUGGACACCGUGCGGGGAGGAGACCUUCGAUCUGAGGAGGACACUGUCAUUUGUUUUGCAGAAGAAGAAUGUUGUUACUGGGAAGGGUGAUAUGAAAUAACCUAUCUGUGAUUUUCUAUUCCAAGCUGAGAGAGAGAGAAAGAAAAAACAAAAAAAAAAAGAGAUAGCACACACCAUUGGCAAUAAAAAAAAGAAAAAAAAAAAAACAGAAAAUGCU